AAGAUAGCUCCCCGACCUGUUAAUUAAUUUCCCUGGGUGUCCGCUGGUCGUGCUUCUGGACGGGUCGUCUGGUGAACUCGCGGCACAUCUAGCUCCCACCCACUCGCGCAUCGGCGUCAAGGUGUGGAGAUGGAGUCCGCGGGCACGGAGAUCAGCUUCACGUUCCCCGGUUCUGGAUCUGGUGCAUCCAAUGGAUGUAGCGGCCCAGCAGUCUCACCAGAUUCGCCGCGGUUUGCAAGGCAUCCUGGAUCCCUGGGCGCAGUUUGUGAGGUCACCGAAGAUGAUCCCAGCGGCCGAUUCCCAGAUUUAUUAGAUACAGUUGAAGCUGUUCUGCGCCCAGACGCCAGCGAUUCAGAAGAGAAUAAGGCCAGCAGGGCGGAGAAUGUGUAUGUAGCCCUGGACGACAAGGUUGGAUGGGUUAGCAGGAAACGGCGGGAUGUCAUGCCAGACGAAAGACCAACAAGUGCAGACAGGGUCACCACGCUGGAAAAAGCUCUAACCGGGUUUGCAGAUAGGGAUUCAGAUUCUGUUGUGACUCCGUCCGUUGGGCUAUCAUUUGACUCGAUAAAUGAGGCAUAUGAAUUCUACAACCUGUAUUCUUGGGAGUGUGGAUUUGGUGUUCGCUAUGCAAAGAGCAGGAUGAAUGUAAAAGGGGCAAAAUGCAUGCAGGAGUUCAUCUGCUGCUGCUCGGGAAAACCAAAAGAAGCAAAUUCAAAGUCUACAUGGUGUCAAUGCCAAGCCAUGAUAAGGCUUCUCCGAACGAACGACGAAGGCUGGUACAUCAACGAAUUCAGGUCCAAACACAACCACCCCAUGCUGAACACUUGUGCUGAGAAGUUGCAUUUCCCAUCGCAUAGGCAUAUUGACAAAUACACACGUGAGCUUGUUUCCCAACUAAGACAGAACAAUGUUAAUCUGAGCAAGGUUUAUAGUAUAAUCGCAACAUUUUUUGGUAGAGUUGAGAAUGUGCCGUUCACCAAGAGAUGUUUAAGGACUCUGUGUGGGAAGCUUAGCAGGGAGCAAGCUGAUGACGAUGUGCGAAAGACAAUGGCUAUUUUUUUCAGAAAUGAAAGCACAAGACAGCGAGUUCACAUACAACAUUCAGGUAGAUGAUGAGAGUAGGAUACGGACCCUUAUGUGGACGAACGGGCGUAGCAAAACACAGUACCAUCACUUCGGUGACGUUAUCACCUUCGACCCGACAUACAAAACAAACCUGUAUGAUAUGCCAUUUGGUUUGUUUGUGGGGGUGAAUAAUCAUUUUCAGAGUGUGCUUUAUGCGGGGGUUUUGAUGCGAGACGAGACCGAGGAUACAUCCAAAUGGAUUUUUGAUGAGUUCGUGAAGAUGAUGGGUGGUAAAAAACCAAUUACAAUUCUAAUAGAUCAAGCUAGAGCCAUGGAAAAGGCAAUCGAGGAGGUGUAUCCUGAAUCCACGCAUCGCUGGUGCAAAUGGCACGUGCUGAAGAAGGCCAAAGAAAACCUGGGUGCUCAUUACACCAAGAAGUCAGAUUUCAGGGCUGAAUUCCACAAGCUUGUGCAUGAGAUGCUGACUAUUGAUGAAUUCGAGGACGGCUGGGCAGCAUUGCUUGACAAAUAUUCACUGAAAACAAAUCCAUAUCUCGUGCAGAUCUACGAGACUAGGCAGAAGUGGGCAAAACCUUACUUUGCCGGGAAAUUCUGUGCUCGCCAAACUAGCACUGGCAGGAGUGAGAGUGCAAACCAUAUGCUGAAGCAGUAUGUCCCCCCGUCAUGCUCAAUGAAUCUAUUUGUCAAACAAUACAACAAGCUCCAGUUUGACCGAGAACAGGAGGAAGGAUUCCAGGAGAAACGUACUAGACUGAGUCAUGCUGUGCUGAAGGUGAACACCUCUCUUGAAGUACACGCAAGCAAGAUAUAUACCAGGAGGAUGUUUGAGAUUUUUGGUGGCAUACUAUAUGAAUCUGGAAUGUAUGAUGUCGAAGAAAUCAUAGAGAAGCAGAAAUACAUAGUGACACACCAGAGAGCCGAGCUCUGUGAGAAGUGGUUCAAGUGCCGGUUUGAAGUCAACGUGUCUAAUAACCUUGGUUAUUUCUCGUGCAUUUGCGGUCUGUUUGAGCACAUGGGCAUGGUUUGCUGUCACUCGCUAUAGGUGAUGGUUCUACUACGCCUGAAGCAGAUACCUUCGAGGCAUAUAUUGAAAAGGUGGAGCAUACACGGUAGAGACAACCUGCCAGCGCAUCUGAAGCACUAUCAACAAGACAUGGGUCUGCCGGAUGCGCCCACUUUCAGGCAUUCUGCUCUGUACAUCACUGCCCUGGAGGUUGCAAAUAUGGGGGACAGGAACCCGGCGGCUUCUGAGUUUAUGAUGACAGGCCUGGUUGAACUUAGAACAAGAGGCGCCGAGGUGUGCGCGUUCAAUGACGGCCUUGGCGUCGUUGAGCAACAGGUAUCCAACAAUGUAGUUCUUGGCGGUCCAAACUCAAAGUUUUUCAACGGAAAGACAUCUUGCUCCGUAAGAAGUGUGGAAGGCAAUCGAACUAAAUCACGCGAUGCCGCGUCUGUGUCUGUGCAUCCUCCAAUUAGCCAGGCCUCAGAAGCAUCAUGCCCAAAUGGUGAUGGGUACAAUUCAGAUUUCUCUGAAGCCGCGUCCAGCCUAAUGCCCAAUGUUGAACAAGAACUGCUUGCCCCGGAAAGAAAAAACAAACAAGGCCGGCCAACCACUAGCCGUGAUAAAGCUCCUUAUGAGAAAGACAUCGCCAAGAGAUCUAGGUUCUGUUCCAUCUGCAGGGGCAAAGGUCACAAAGCCAACACUUGCCCUGAUCAAGGUGACAUCCCCAAAAAGGAAAGGAAGGUGGCCACAUACGGCAAAUGCGGGGUUCCAGGGCACCGAAGGACGACUUGCAGCAAGCCUCUCGUCUCGAUGAUGCCCGGUGUCCCUCCUUCACAUUAGACGGUGAAUUUCGUACGCUGAUUCCCCCGUGUAACAUUUGCUUAGGUAUGGGCGUGCUGUCUGAACGUAUCUAGAUGCACAUGUGUUGUGCUGUCUGAACAUACGUACUUGCGUUUUAUAUAAUCUAUCAAACGUGUUUGAACAAUGAAAAUGUGUAUCCAGCUGUCUGAA